AUGACCAGCACCGUCGACCCAAAGUCCAUCGGCCAGCCGGUCAAGAAGCCCCGGAGGCAUCAGCGUUCUGCGACAGGAUACCUCGGUGAUAUCGACGACAAGACUGGCAAGGAAAAAUGGCCUCGCGGUGAAGAGGAGGUUUGGAAGGCGGGCCUCCGAGGCAUCGACGCAGAUGUACCCUCGAUCUCCAAGUCGAUCGUGAACCACGUCCAGACGUCGCUCGCGCGCCAGGCGUACAACCUAGAUGACUUUGGCGCGUACCAGGCCGCGGCGUACUCCGUGCGCGAUAACCUGAUCAUCAACUGGAACGAAACCCAGAUGAACUACACCCGCAAGAGUCCCAAGCGCGCUUACUACCUCUCGCUGGAGUUCCUCAUGGGUCGCGCGUUGGAUAACGCGAUGCUCAACCUCGGCCUCAAGGACCAGUACACGGCAUCCGUCGAUAAGCUCGGGUUCAACCUUGAGGACCUCAUCCAUCAGGAGCGCGAUGCCGGCCUCGGCAACGGCGGUCUCGGCCGGCUCGCCGCGUGCUACCUCGACUCCGGCGCGUCGCAGGAGCUCCCGCUAUGGGGUUACGGCUUGCGCUACAAGUACGGUAUCUUCCAGCAGCUCAUCUCACCCGAGGGCGCGCAGCUCGAGGCCCCCGAUCCGUGGCUCGAGCACUCGAACCCGUGGGAGCUGCCACGCGUGGACGUCGUGUACGACGUCAGGUUCUAUGGCCAUGCGGAGCGCAUCGAGGGCGGGAAGGCGGUUUGGAGCGGUGGGCAGGAGGUGCUCGCGAUCGCGUACGACGUGAUGGUGCCCGGGUACGACACGAAGACGACGAACAACUUGAGGUUGUGGGAGAGCAAGCCGAAGAGGGGUUUCGAUUUGAACAGCUUCAACGCUGGAGACUACGAGCGUGCCGUCGAGUCGUCCAACAGCGCGGCAGCAAUCACCUCGGUUCUCUACCCGAACGACCACACCUCUUUCGGCAAGGAGCUGCGUCUCAAGCAGCAGUACUUCUGGACGGCAGCUUCUCUCCAAGACAUCUUGCGUCGCUUCAAGAACCUCGAGAAGCCCAUCACGGAGCUUCCUGACUAUGUCGCUAUCCAGCUUAACGACACUCACCCGACGCUUGCCAUCCCGGAGCUCAUGCGCAUUCUGAUCGAUGAGGAGGACCUGUCCUGGGACAAGGCUUGGCAGAUCGUGACGAAUGUCUUCUUCUUCACGAACCACACUGUCCUUCCGGAAGCGCUGGAGAAAUGGCCUGUUUCGCUCAUGGAGAACCUCCUGCCGAGGCAUAUGCAGAUCAUUUACGAUAUCAACCUCGGUUUCUUGCAAGCCGUCGCGAAGAAGUUCCCUCACGAUCUCGAUAGGCUUGCGCGCAUGUCCUUGAUCGAGGAGGGCUUCCCUAAGAACGUUCGCAUGGCUAACCUCGCCGUCAUCGGUAGUCGCAAGGUCAACGGUGUCGCGGAACUGCACAGUGAGUUGGUCCGCACGACGAUCUGCAAGGACUUUGUCGAGUUCUUCGGCGUGAGCAAGUUCGGCAAUGUGACCAACGGCAUCACUCCGCGUCGCUGGCUGGAUCAGUGCAACCCUCUCCUUUCGCAGCUCAUCACGGAUACCCUCAAGCUCCCCAAGGCCGCGUGGCUCAAGGACCUCACGAAACUCCAGGGUCUGCUCAAGUUCGUUGACGACACUGCGUUCCAGAAGAAGUGGACGGCCGUGAAGCACAGUAACAAGGAGCGCUUGGCGCUGUACAUCGAAUCUACCCUCGGAUACAAGAUCAACACGUCGGCGAUGUUUGAUGUGCAGGUUAAGCGUUUGCACGAGUACAAGCGUCAAACUCUCAACAUCCUUGGUGUUAUUCACCGCUAUCUCUGGCUCAAGGGCCUGACUCCCGCAGAGCGUAAGAAGGUGAACCCGAAGGUGGUCCUGUUCGCCGGAAAGGCUGCGCCUGGCUACUACGUUGCCAAGUUGACCAUCCGCCUCAUCGUCAACGCUGCGCGCGUCAUCAACGCGGACCCGGAGACCAAGGAGUACCUCGAGGUCCUCUUCUUGCCUGACUACUCGGUCUCGCUUGCGGAGCUCCUCAUUCCCGCCUCCGACAUCAGUCAGCACAUAUCGACCGCCGGUACCGAGGCGUCGGGCACAUCCAACAUGAAAUUCUGCCUGAACGGUGGUUUGUUGGUCGGUACCGUCGACGGCGCCAACAUCGAGAUCGCCGAGGAGGUUGGCGAGGAGAACGUCUUCUUCUUUGGGCAUUUGACUCCAGACGUCGAGGGCCUGCGCUACCAGCAUGCCUACAGCCCGAUCCCGGUCGAGCAGAAGUCUCCUGGUCUCGCGAACGUCUUGAACCAGAUCUCUGCUGGCCGCUUCGGCGACGGCAGCGUCUACGAGCCCCUGCUCAACACCGUCCGCCAAGGCGACUACUACUUGAUCACGGACGACUUCGACUCCUACAUCCAAGCUCUGGCGAUGGUGGACGAGGCGUACCAAAACCGCACCGAAUGGAUCAAGAAGAGCAUCAACACUUCCGCCAGGAUGGGCAAGUUCAGCUCGGACAGGUGCAUUAUCGAUUACGCGCAGGAGUACUGGAACAUCGAGCCUCAGAAGGUCGCCUAA